CUGCAAGAUGGCAACUACAGAAGUUGUGAUUCCAGACUCCUCCCAUGAUAAAACCAGCCGCUUCAAGUUGGUGACCUGGAUCAACAACCUGCUGAAGACAGGCUUCAAAGAUGUGCGGGAGAUGGGUUCAGGUGCAUGUCACUGUCAGAUCAUGGACUGGGUUUUGCCUGGUUCUGUUGACAUGACCAAGGUGAAGUUUGACGCACAAAGUGAGGAAGACUAUAAGCACAACUUCAGUCUCCUCCAUGAAGCCUUCAGCAAGAAUGGUAUCACGAAGACCAUUCCAGUUGAGGAGCUCAUAAAAGGGGAUUUUAAAAGCAACUUUGAGAUGCUGAGGUGGUUCAAACUUUUCUCUAAAGCAAAUGUUAAAAGUACAAAAUAUGAUCCUGUGAAAGCCCGGGACAGCCACGAUAUCAGCCCUAUUGUGGUUUCUCCACAAUCAGGGAGGUCUAAAUUGGAUUCAGAAACGGAAGAGAACGGCUCUGAAAUGAAUAAAAAAUUCCCUUACAGUGAAAAGUGGAAGGAUGUUUUUUGUUGGGCUGAACGCAGUCCUCUUGGAGAACAAUAUUCGUACUGCCGCACUUGUGCCAGAAACCUGAACACAUUUCAUAAAGGCCUCUUUGAACUUAGGCGACAUGUGGAAACAAAAAAACACAAGAAAGGGGUUCAGAUUUCCAGGAGAGCUACGAUACAAAGCCGGCGCUCUGAACUGCUGCCCUGUAGUGAUGCAGCUAUCCGAUUUAUCCACAAACACUGUUACAAUGGCUCUGCCAAUGGUGAACAGGUGUCUAGACAGUUUGCACGUCGUAAGCUGGGGCUGCAGUACCCCAAAGAUUUAACAUCCGUUUGCCAGCACACUCCUUACUGUGUAUACAUUUAUGGCGGGGUAACAGUGGGAGAGGAGGAGACCGUCUCUGUGGUCCUUGUUGGGUUUUUUGAUGUCGAAGCCUGCAGGCACUGCAUCCGGUUUCUGGAUGCUCUUCAGUCAGUGGAUGGUGCAGGAGAUCAAACAGCUGCAGCAGUGGGGGAGACCUUGAAGAAAUUUGGGUUACCAACAGAUAACCUGGUUGCUGUUUAUGUCAGUGGUCAUGGUGGCGCCUCGGAGCAGAUUUGCUCACAGCUCAGGGAACUCAGCCCAAACAUAAUAGUCUUAGGAGGGCUCUACACCAUCGCUGAUACUGCUUGCCAUGCUGGGGUUAAGCAACUCUCCAAUCAGGCUCAAGAGCUGAUAGCAGACAUCCAUGCCCACUACUCCUCCUGCUCUAUGAAGAAUGAUAACCUCAAGGCACUUUUUGGCUCAGCUAUUACUGCGGACACUCCAGCAUUUUGUAUCAACACCAGCUGCCUUAACUUUUGCCAAUUAGUCACGAAAAUCUUGGAAAUAUGGACAGAUCUUAAAUCGUACUUCAGCUCUUGUGACAAGGAUGAUGACAAAGCCAAGUUAAUCUGCUCCCAGCUGCAGGAUCCCAAAGUCAGGGCAACAUUUAUGUUCCUGGAGCAGGCCUUAAAGCCACUGCACAGUUUCCUAAGUCAUCUGCAAACACAGGAAGGAGGUUCCCGAGCUGAUUUGCCUCUCAUCCUAGAGGAAGCCAGUAACCUGAUGUACACCUACACCUCGUACUUCCUUCAUCCUCAAGCUGUUGUUCGCUUCCUCAAGGAACGCGAUGCCCAAAUCCUUAAGAACAAGAAAUUCCACCUGCCAAGCUCUGAACUCAGUCUGGGUGGGAAAACCGUGACAGACUUUGUGAAGGAGUCUGAGGCUGCAGAGGCAAUGUCACUGUUACAAGAGGAGGUGCUGUCUUUCUACAUCGCACUCACAGGUUGCAUUUCAGAGGAGCUACCUCUCAGCGAUGGGUUGCUAAGGAGCAUAGGUCAGCUGCUGAAUCCUCAGAGCAGGCUGAAAGUGACAGGGAAAGCAGUAGAGGAGCUAGGAACCAAGCUGGGAAUCUGCAGCUCCCCUGAGGAGGUCAAGCAACUUACAACUGAAUUCCUUGCGUAUCAGCUGACUGAGGAGGGAAAAGGUGAAGAUGGAGACAAGGACCAUUCAGCAGAGAUUUCACUGGAAAAACACUGGGCCGGCAUACUGAAGGACACCAAGCCAACAGUCUUCAGAAAGCUUGUUUUGACCCUGUUGUCUCUCCCCUGCCCUCCGCUUGAUGCUCAGCAAGUUUUUACUCAGGCCUUAGAGAAUGGGGAUGCUGCACUGUUCUCUGAGAAUGAAGCCUUAACAGAAAGCGAGUAUGACUUCACGUCUGACAGCGCUCUCUCUGACAGCACCAGCAACAAAGACUCCCCAUUUCACACUAAAGAACUUAAUGGCCUUGAUAUGACAGUGAAGCCGUGUGAAGUCCGCCUGACGAAGAUGAAAAAGUCAAAAAAUGGACAUGAUGAUAUAAAUGGAGAGAAUGGUGCCCUUUUGAAAGAGGGGACCAGUAGGGGAUGUUUUGGCUGGGAGAGCAGCUUGCGCCAGAAGCCACAGGCCCGUACAGUGUUUCAGGCUGGUGCUAGCACCUGGUCCAAACCCGUAGAUCUUGAUAAGGACAGCAAAAAGGGUCUGGAGUCCCAAGAUGAGGUGCCAGAAGAGUCCUCACCAUCCAGUAAAUCCACACCAAGACGACGACGGAAACACAACUACCAGGAUGGGAAAGGGUUUCUGUCAGGAGAGCUUGUGUGGGGCAAAGUGAAGGGGUUUUCCUGGUGGCCUGGGAUGGUGAUGCCUUGGAAAACUAAGUCAGCUCCUCCGGGCAUGCGUAGGGUGGAGUGGUUCGGAGACGGGAUGUUCUCAGAGAUCUUUACAGAGGGUAUACUCACGUUUAGUGCCUUCACUAAGUGCUUCUGCAAAAAUUCCUUUGCCAGCUUGCCCGUCUACAAGGAAGCCAUCUACCAAAUUGUCGAGUUGGCAGGUGAGCGAUGUGGGAAGUCUUUUGCUGAGGCGGAAGGAAAUAAAGAAAAAGAGCUGAAGUUGAUGCUGGACUGGGCCUUUGGAGGAUUUCUGCCUACAGGACCUGAAGGAUUCACACCUCCUGAUUCUGCAGUACAUCUUGACACUUCUGACUCUGCCCAGUCUGACUACCAGCCUCCACCAAAAAGGAAGUAUGUUUUUAAAAAUAAGGCGAAUGCACCCGUCAUCACCUAUAACAGAGAAUCAAUAAUACAAAAGGUCAAAGAGAAAGGCAAAACAAUUGAAGAUUUUUGUUUGUCUUGUGGAUCAACUGAGAUUGAAGUACAGCACCCACUGUUUGAAGGUGGUCUUUGUCUUAGGUGCAAGGAGAACUUCACAGAAACGCUGUAUCGCUACGAUGAGGAUGGCUACCAGUCGUACUGCACCGUGUGCUGUGCCGGCUUAGAGGUCAUUUUGUGUGGCAACGCCAGCUGCUGCAGAUGUUUCUGUAUGGACUGCCUGGACAUCCUGGUGGGCCCAGGAACCUUUGACAAGCUGAAAGAUGUUGAUCCCUGGAGCUGCUUCAUGUGCCAGCCGUCACAGUGUAAAGGAAACCUCAAACUCAGACCAGACUGGAGCGUCAAGGUUCAAGACUUCUUUGCCAACAACAGCGCAAUGGAGUUUGAGCCUCACAGAGUUUAUCCCUCCAUCCCUGCUGAUCAGCGCAGACCAAUCAAGGUGCUCUCACUCUUUGAUGGCAUUGCAACAGGAUACCUGGUGCUCAAAGACCUUGGCUUCAAGAUGGAGCGCUACAUUGCUUCAGAGAUCUGUGAGGAUUCCAUCGCUGUGGGGAUGAUCAAGCACGAGGGAAAGAUCGAAUACGUCAAUGAUGUUCGCACCAUCACAAGGAAACAUCUGGCUGAAUGGGGUCCGUUUGAUCUUCUGAUUGGAGGCAGUCCAUGUAAUGACCUGUCCAUGGUCAACCCUCUUCGAAAAGGAUUAUUUGAGGGCACUGGGAGGCUCUUUUUUGAGUUUUACCGCAUUCUGACCUUGUUGAAGCCAAAGGAGGACGACGAUCGUCCGUUCUUCUGGCUGUUUGAGAACGUGGUUUUCAUGAGUGGCAACGACAAAUCAGACAUCUGCAGAUUCCUUGAGUGUAAUCCGAUUCUCAUUGAUGCAGUGAAAGUCAGCCCUGCUCACAGAGCACGCUACUUCUGGGGAAACCUCCCUGGCAUGAACAGGCCUCUCGCUACAUCUUUAGACAACAAAGCGGCUCUUCAGGAUUGUUUGGAGUCUGGACGUACGGCAAAGUUUGACAAAGUCCGCACCAUCACAACAAAGUCUAACUCCAUACGGCAGGGGAAGAUGGGACCACUACCUGUCACCAUGAAUGGCAAGGAGGACUACCUGUGGUGCACCGAAAUGGAACAGAUCUUUGGCUUCCCCAAACACUACACGGAUGUGAACAACAUGGGCCGAAUGCAAAGGCAGAAAGUCCUGGGUCGUUCCUGGAGUGUCCCUGUGAUUCGUCACCUCUUCGCCCCACUGAAGGAUUAUUUUGAAUGUGAAUAACGACUCUGAAGUGAAUCUUCGUGUCAGAGCAGCAGCGGUAAUCUACUGCCUUUUCCUGCCCUGUAUUACUAGCUCUCCAAUCUUUUUCUGAAAGACUUAACGUAGUAUUUUCUGUUUUGAGUUUUAGAAAUGUUUCGCCCAUGAGCUCGUUUAAUCCUGUGAGUUGUCACUCAUCCACCAUCCACCAUCACCAGCAGGCACCGACACUUUCCAGAUUUGUUUUUUUCCAGGUUUCCUUUGAUUAAUGAUGGUGCUGUGAUCAAACAGUAAUGCUACUCAGAACAUGGGCCUGUGUCAUGAAGCAUGAUGAGACAGUUAGCCAGCUAUCUUUGGGCUUUCUUCAGUAUCACAAGGCCGGCUCAGCUUAGAGUAAAUCAUCAUGGUAACCUACUGCAGGACUGACACUGACAAGUAAUAAAGGUUUUAUAAGUCAGUAGUUGUGAUCAGUAGAUCAUUAGUUUACAUACCAUGAUAAUUAUGUCAGAGACAAAGCAAACAAACAUUCUUGCCCAACCACACAUGUCCACUGUCAGAUUAAAACAGGACUCUUAAUAAGCUUCGCUAUCAGCCCAAUGAAUGGCAGUUGUUUCGGUUUUGUGGCCAGUAACUUUACUGUUUUGGUUCAUUCUCAUCACCCUCAUAGCAUCAUUUCAGCUGUUUUCACAAAGAAGAGCUAAAAACCCACUGUCGUGGCGGAUAGAGUUAGAGACUAACUGGUGAACAUAAUGAAGGAUUUAGCAGCUAAAGGGCCAACUCUUCCUCCCAGGAGUUUGUAGAGACCAAAGUAGAGCUAAAAGAGAGUGAAUAUGCAACUUCUGGUCGUCAGGUGACCAAAAUGUCACUGUCUGCUGAACAUGUUGAAAAGGACUAGAUAAUGCUUCCUACACUUAUUUAUAGCCUCUCUUUUCAUAUUUGGAUAUUAUUCCUGAUGUUUCUACAACUUCUUAGUCCAUGCUAAUUGUGUGAUCAUAUUAUAUUAAUAUAUAGUGUACAGACUGAUAACCAGCCUUGUGAUACCUGUUAUUCAGGAUUCAGAGAAGCCAGGUAACCCAGCUGUUGAAGUCUCUUUGUGAUACAGGCCCCAGGUCUCUACCUCAACACUGAUUUAUCUGCAGUUACACUUUUUUAUCUUUAUUAAUUUAUGAAAAACUGUAACUUUGUUUUCUUUCUACAUUAAUUUUUUUUUUUUAUUGUAAAAUCUUACCAGGGAAGUCUGAUCUAAUCAUGUUCAUCAAUAGCUGUGAAUAAUUUUAUUAUUCUUACCUCUUCAGUGAAUCGACUGGACAGUUUUUUUAAUCUAGUUUUUAUUACAUUUUUAUCCAAAUUACAUUAAUCUAACUGUGGUGCACCAGUGACUUUGUCCAAAAUGACCUCACUGGUUUUGCAUUUGUGCUAAAAUUUUACCUGUUUUAAGAGCUGUUAUUUAUACGAGACCAAAAAUAUUUUGUGGCCACUCAUUGAGAACAAACUGUCUUUGAUAUCACUGUUGUUAGUACAAUACUGCAGCAGGCUGACCUAAACAUAAUGUAAAGUGUCUUCUAAUGCUAGGAGACAUGUACCUUAAAAGCCCAUAACAAUGGUUUUGCACAUUUGAUCUCUUUAAUAACAAAAUGUGUUCUCUACAAAACAAAAUCCAGCCAUAUUUCACAGCACACUAUAGGCUCGAGGUUGAAAAAGUCAAGGCACAGUUCUUUGUUGAAGUACAAAAGCUAAAAAGCUUUUAUUAUUGUGGUUGCAUUUUAAAAACAAGACCAACAUCUUCCUCAGGGUCAAACAGUAACACAAACACAGGUGAAUACUCUAAGAACAAGGUGCCAAUUUAAACAUAAUGCAUGCACUGCACAUAGGAUUUUCUUUGUUUUGGUUGGUUUGUUUUUUUAUUUCAAGCCAUUUAAAUGCUAGGGCUGUAAGUAAUGAUUAUAUACGUUAUUGAUUGAUAUGUCAAUUAUUUUUAUUAUUAUUAUUAUUAUUAUUUUAAUUAUGUUUUCUUUGAGCAGCAAAUCCUCACAAAUGAUCAGCUAACAUUCCCACUUGAGAAAUUACUUCAUAUUUAAUUGAUUAUCGAAAUAAAUAUCCAUUAUGUUUGUGUUGAUUGGCUAAUCUGCUAAGUGUUGCAGAUCUCAUAAAUAUGACUAAUAACUAUGACUAAAUAAUUAAAAUAAAUCAAAAUGUCAUUAAAAAAAUAAAAUAAAAAAUAAUGAAAAAAUUAUAUUAUUAACUAAUAAAAUUAGUUAGGAAUGACUUUACCGAUCAUGACUUUUAAAAAUGCAGAUGACUAUUUGUUAAUCAUGUUGCCACAGCAAUAAAAGCUUUAAAACAUUUGUACUAAUACUAGAACAAAGCAGUGAGCCUUGAAUGAUCCACCUGGUGCCUCCUUCAUUCCUUUUGCUUUCUGAAUACAACACACUGAACAUUCAGUCUGCUAUAGUUUUGGCAAAGUUAUACUUCAGUCAUGUGGUCAUGUAAACAGUGUAUUCAGCUGCUUGAGAUUUGAUGACUGCAACUCUUUAAUGCAAGAAAUUGUGGCAACUCAGCAUUCAAAAUCAUAACAAAUAAAUAAGACGGUUUGAAAAAGAUAAUCACACGAGUAAUCACAGAUCAAAUAUGGAAUACAACUAUGAUAUCCUGCUUCUUUUCACUGGUAAUUUAAUUAUAGCUGUUUUCCAAAAACUGUUCAUGUUUUUAUUCAACAAUCUUAUGUUUCCCAUUGGCUGUUUAUAUCAUAAUGCCACUUUGCAUCAGUGUCUUUGUCGGUUGGUCAAGACAAAAAAAAAAGACAAACAGAUAAGUGAUUGGCCAAUCACAUAAAUCGCUCUGCUCCUUUUGUCUUGAUUUACAAACAGAAAGACGGUUAUUGAGAAAAGUGACAUGAAAUAGAGAAGUUUGUUAUUAUGUUUCACAAUAAACUGAAUUCUAAAGGUAUUCAAAGGAUUAUUGCACAGUUUCAUGGACAUAUUCCAUAUUUAUUCAUGUGAUUAUUCAUGUCACAAUGUCUUGUUUAUUCACUUAAUUUGAACACUUGAAUUUUAAUAAGAAAUUACCAAAUUUACACUAUUCCACUUACAAAAGCCACGUUUUGUUAUUGUUCAUUUGAUUUUCUGACCCAUCAUGCAGCUCUGUAUGUGGGACACCUGACAUUUCUCGCUCAGUUUCCAGCCUCUCAAAUGGCAGAAUUUGUUAUAAACUGAAUAUCUUUGGGUUUUGGACUUUUGAUUGGACAAAACUUUUUUGAAACUUACCCUUGGACUUCUAAUUGUUAGAAUAAUAGAUUAUUAAAUUACAUUUUCAGUGUGAAUCUUAUUGGAUGUUGGCCUGUUGAUUGGACAAAAAUACCUUUGAUGAUGUCACUUUGUGAGUCUGGACAUUGUGUUGAGAAUUUUUCACUCGUCCAUGAUAUUUUUAAAGGAAUCGAUUCACAGAGAAAAUAAUCUGCAAAUGAAUCAGAAAUUAAAAUUAUAGUUAUUUGUAGCCCUUCUGUAUCGUCAAAUUAAGAACUUGUUUAUUAACAAUGAUGUCAGCAGUAAUGUUUAUUCUAUGUAUAUGCUGUAGGUGCGCAUUCAAAUGUCAGUGAGAUUAGACCCAAAGUUAAUUUGCAUGUACCAUUUUUUUUUUUGUUUUGUUUUUCUUUAUGUUUGGUGUGAGGUUGUUUAAUCAUCAGUACUGUUCAGGUGUCUGUAAAGUCAGGUUUCAUGCACACCUGUGUUUCUAUUUUUCAAAUGGGUGAUUUUCUAACUUUACAGAAAGUUAAGAUAGUGGUGCUGCCUUAAGUAUGAGUCAUUUGUUUUCCUGUGAUUGACCCUUCAUUAGUGUUCAAUGACAGUGAGAUCAGACUGUUCUGACGUGGUCGACGCCUUUACCUCAUCGUUUGUUUGGACUUGUUUCCUAAUGGUGCUACACUAACGGUGCUAACUUUUCAUGUAAGUUUUUGGUUUUGUCUUUUUUUACCUCUACCGUUAAUAUGCGCCAGAUAAAAGUGAACUUUUCUUGUAGUUUUUUUGUUAUGAAGUGUGUUGGACAUUAAAUUGUGUGUUGCUUUUUAUGAAAUGAGAAAGUGACAUAGCGAAAUAUUAGUGUGAUUUAUCAUCAGCGACAUGUUAUUUGUUUUUUUUCCCUUUAAUAUUCUAUUAUUUGUCAAAAAAUGCCAUUUCCUUAGUCAAAAACAAAAACACCUAAAUUUGACUUGUUUUAUUGCUUCUCAAUGACUAAACAUACUUUGGUCACCCUUUUGUAAAAUCAUUAUAUAAUUGUAGUUAACAGUUAAAUGUUGUACUGGAGCUCAGAACAGCUGGAGCUCAGAACAGCUGGAGCUCAGUGGUGCUGCAACAUUGGCUGAUGGAAUAAAAUCUAAGCUGUG